UCGCCGCAGAUGAUCGUGAUCGUGUUUCCCUGAUGAUGGCUAGCCAAAGAAGGAGUUGUUGAAUGACGGAAAGAAGUAAUUUUUGCAUUUCAAAAUAAAUGCGCUUAUAAUGAGGGACAUUUGAAUCUUUUCUUAAUUAUUACUUCUAUAAUAAACGAUGGCUGUCUUGAUAAGGCAGAUGUUUACAUCGUUUUAUCAAUACGUGCGAGCGAAGGCAAGAUUGUUGUCGGGUUAUCGAGAGCAAGUGGACGGUGGGAUGGCGUCCCUGGAAACUGAUCCACUUUUCAACCAAGAGAUUAUUCAGGAGGCAUUGUUGGAGUUAGCUGGCGUCACUGAUGUAUCAAGCUUACGACCUCUGCUGCACAAGUCCAUUAUAGACCUGCUAGAUAAUGUGUCUGACUCGUUGGUUUACAUCAUCGAUACUGGUACCGGGCAACUUAUGAGUCUCGAUGGGAUGGGCGGAGUUCAACAUUACCUACCAAAUAGUGGAAUAGUCCAGGAUUGUAUCAAGACCAGUAUGAUGGUAAUUAAGGACAACAUUGCAAAAGAGGAUCCUCUAACAGGAUUAGCCCCAUCGUGUUCAAUGCUCAAAAACAAAGAUGUGAAAAUUCACAAAGCAGGUAAAAGCUAUGAAAUAUACUUUGCAUACAUUGUACACUACAGGUUUGCUAAAUUGUAUUCCUAUUUUGGGUUUUAA